GUGGCCGUGACGUAACGUAGGUGACGUUUCCGUCGGGCUGAGGACCAGACUUCCAGCACGGAGAGCAGCCGAGAACGAGACGUCUCCCAAACAUGGCUCUGAACCGGAAUCAUUCGCAAAACGGCGGCGUCCUGAUCAACAACGGAGAAAGUGUUUUGAGGGACUGUAAGAACGUGGAGCUGUCAUUCAGCGAUGUCACCGGCAAGACGGACCUGCUCAGGGGGACCAAGAAGGGCACCAUUUACCUCACGCCUUACAGGUUGAUGUUUGUGUCCAGUAACACCAAGGAUUGCUUGGGUUCAGCCAUGUUCCCCUAUUAUCUGAUGAAGGGCUGCAGCAUUGAGCAGCCGGUCUUUGCAGCAAACUACAUCAAAGGGACGGUGUCAGCUGAGGCAGAUGGUGGCUGGGAUGGCCAGGCCCAUUUCAAGAUGUCCUUCCCCAGUGGAGGAGCUAUAGACGUGGGACAGCAUCUCUUCAAACUGGCAACAAAUGCUUCUCGCGCCUCUCCUGCACAAAACGGUGCUGCCUCUCAUGGCUAUCCUUCACCCGGAAUGAUGAAUGGCUACGGCCCACCUCAAGCUGCUCCUCCCGCAUAUCCUUACCCAUCCCCUCCCCAGCAGAAUGGAUUCUACCAGGGCCCCACCCCUGAUGUUGGAAACAUGGGCUACCCUCAUCCAACAGCUGCUGCAGGAAUGUACCCAUCUGGAUUUGACUACAUGGCCCCACCUCCACCUUACCCAGGGCCACCCCAAAAUUGGACUGCACCCCCCCAGAACUGGGAAGCAGCAGCAUCAGCACCACCACCACCUCCAGGUAAAUCCAAGGCGGCUGAAGCAGCUGGCAAUGCGUAUUACAAUCCCAGCAAUCCACACAAUGUCUACAUGCCCAUGGAGCGGCCUCCACCAUAUGCACCGUAUCCAAACUCUCCUGAGAAGAAAAGUAACUGAAGCUCAGGCACCAUCACUUCAACGACACUCCUCUCUCUCUUCCUCUGUAUCUUCAAUAAAUUCUAAAGCAAGGAGCGAUGAGGAUACAGUACCUACUCCAUUGUAGAAUACAGAAAAGGAAACGCUAGUAAUGGGGCGGGGGGGUUCAAAGAUGUCAGUAAUAAUUCACCAAUUAAUUAAUGAUAUUUUGGAUACAGGAAUAGCAUACAAAGCAAUUACAUCUUUUAAAUACUGUUUUCGCUUCUUAAGUUCAUUUAAAAGGAUUGACAACUUGUAACUCUAGCUAGACUCAUCAUUAUUAACAUUCUCAAUGAUUUAUUUCUGUCUAACUCUCUAGCACGUAGGUAAGGGCACAUAAACUGUCCUUGUGAAGAGCUGAAAGGAGGAGGCAGGAUGGGGAAUGCAUUUUUAAGACCGAUUUAUUACCAAAACAUUUUCUGGCAAUUUCUUGAUUGCAGUUUCUGUAGUUCUUAACAAUAGCUACUCUUAUUAUAAAAGGUUAAGUAUUUUUGCAGUAUCAUUGAAGGUGCCGUGUGUGUUUCCUAUACAGUUUUGCGUUGUUGUCCAUAGACAAAACCAGGACUCGGUUGAAUCGUGUUUAGUGAUGCAGUAUCCAACAUACUAUGAGUAGCAAGAAUAGCGAGUUCAAGUUUCCCUUUCAUAAAACCAGUGUGAUCCUGUACUACGUCAGUUACAUUUCAGUCCGAGUGAUUCCAUUCAUUGUAUGACCCAAAUCUCCCUGUCUCCAUCACAAUAUGAUAUUGCGUAGUACAGGCUUUUGUUAUGAAAAGGAGCAGUGCAUUGUUUGGGGGAAAAAAGGGGGAUCAGAUCGAGUUCUGAUGUAACGCGUCUACAGGAUGUAUGUGCAAUAAUUCAACCUCUCAAAACAAGGUUAAAGGUGACAAGCUGGGGGUCACCUGCAUGACCCCGUGCUCUACUGCAACAGUAGCUUCUAUUGUAUUUGUGUAUGCACGGCGAGCUGAAACCAUAACUCUACUCUGUAGUUACUCUAAUGUGAGGUUACAGGGCCACAGCGUUAUAUUAAGGGCCCGUCCGGGUUUUGCCUGCUGUUGAAACUUCUGAACGCAAACCCUUAAUUCCUGAUUUUAAAGUGGGCUGAGAAGCCAAGCGGUCUUGGAAUCUCAUCAAUUAACAACUGUUUGAAGGACUAUUUGCACACAGUUGAAGUGGAUAGAGGAUGUUCUUUUUUUGUUUUUGUUUGCUUGAAUUAAUCAAAUGUCUGUACAUUAAUAUCUCUUUUGCAGUUCUUAUUCCUUUUUGCUGAAUUUUGUCUGUCAAUUUAAAAUCUAAUAAAUAAGUCCUUUUAUUGAA